UGGAGAGAGCGAGCGCCGGCUAGCUCUCCGGGCCACUCAGUGCCCCAGCCGCCUCCGUGCUCCGCAGCCCAGCCCUGAGCCGGACUUCCCGGGGCACCGUCUUCCCCGGCGCUCAGCCCAGGACCCAGACCGAGCCCUCACCUCUGUCGGCGACCCAGAGGGACCCGAGGGCGCUCGGUACCUGGGCACUGUGAGUGAUGCGCAGCGGGGCAGCGCCAGCCCCACGGAUGGAGCUGCUGCCGCCGCCGCCCGGCGCGCCCCGCUCCGCCCGCGCCCCGUGCGCCUGAACGCCGCGCCCGCCCCUCCUCCGCGCCAACUCCGCCGCCCGCCCCCCCAGGCCGCCCGCGCGCCUCCUCGGGCUCCUCGUGUCCCGCCGCGCCAGGCAGCCUCCUCUGGGUGAGGGCGCUUGUACACCAUGGCCCCCGGGCGGACCGGGGCUGGCGCCGCUGUGCGCGCCCGCCUGGCGCUGGCCUUGGCGCUGGCGAGCAUCCUGAGCGGACCCCCCGCUGCCGCCUGCCCCACCAAGUGUACCUGCUCCGCCGCUAGCGUGGACUGCCACGGGCUGGGCCUGCGCACGGUUCCUCGGGGCAUCCCCCGCAACGCAGAGCGCCUUGACCUGGACAGAAAUAACAUCACCAGGAUCACCAAAAUGGACUUCGCCGGCCUGAAGAAUCUCCGAGUCUUGCAUCUGGAAGACAAUCAGGUCAGCAUCAUCGAGAGAGGCGCCUUCCAGGAUCUGAAGCAGCUGGAGCGAUUACGUCUGAACAAGAACAAGCUCCAGGUCCUUCCAGAAUUACUUUUCCAGAGCACACCGAAGCUCACCAGACUAGAUCUGAGUGAAAACCAGAUCCAGGGCAUCCCGAGGAAGGCGUUCAGAGGCGUCACAGGCGUGAAGAACCUGCAACUGGACAAUAACCACAUCAGCUGCAUUGAAGAUGGAGCCUUCCGAGCGCUGCGCGAUUUGGAGAUCCUCACCCUCAACAAUAACAACAUCAGCCGCAUCCUGGUCACCAGCUUCAACCACAUGCCGAAGAUCCGGACUCUGCGUCUCCACUCCAACCACCUAUACUGUGACUGCCAUUUGGCCUGGCUCUCGGAUUGGCUUCGACAGCGGCGAACCAUUGGCCAGUUCACCCUCUGCAUGGCGCCCGUGCACCUGAGAGGCUUCAGUGUAGCAGAUGUGCAGAAGAAGGAGUAUGUGUGUCCAGGUCCCCACUCGGAGGCUCCAGCUUGCAAUGCCAACUCCCUCUCCUGCCCUUCUGCUUGCUCAUGCAGUAAUAACAUUGUGGACUGCCGAGGGAAGGGAUUGACCGAGAUUCCUGCCAACCUGCCAGAGGGCAUCGUGGAAAUACGCCUAGAACAGAACUCCAUCAAAUCCAUUCCUGCCGGAGCCUUCACCCAGUACAAAAAACUGAAGCGAAUAGACAUCAGCAAGAAUCAGAUAUCGGACAUCGCUCCAGAUGCCUUCCAGGGCCUGAAAUCACUCACGUCGCUGGUACUCUAUGGGAACAAGAUCACAGAAAUUCCCAAAGGACUGUUUGACGGGUUGGUGUCCCUGCAGCUGCUCCUCCUCAAUGCCAACAAGAUCAACUGCCUGCGGGUGAACACUUUCCAGGACCUACAGAACCUCAAUCUGCUCUCUCUGUAUGACAACAAGUUGCAGACUAUCAGCAAAGGGCUCUUCACUCCACUGCAGUCCAUCCAGACCCUCCACUUAGCUCAAAACCCAUUUGUUUGCGACUGCCACUUGAAGUGGUUGGCUGACUACCUCCAGGACAACCCUAUUGAGACAAGUGGGGCCCGCUGCAGCAGCCCACGCCGGCUGGCCAACAAACGCAUCAGCCAGAUCAAAAGCAAGAAGUUCCGCUGCUCAGGCUCUGAGGAUUACCGCAACAGAUUCAGCAGUGAGUGCUUCAUGGACCUAGUGUGCCCUGAGAAGUGCCGCUGUGAGGGCACCAUUGUGGACUGCUCCAACCAGAAGCUAGCUCGCAUCCCGAGCCACCUCCCUGAAUAUACCACUGACCUGCGACUGAACGACAAUGAUAUCUCUGUGCUGGAGGCCACUGGGAUCUUCAAGAAGUUGCCCAACCUGAGGAAAAUAAACCUGAGCAAUAAUAGGAUCAAGGAGGUGCGGGAGGGUGCCUUCGAUGGAGCAGCAGGCGUGCAGGAGCUGAUGCUGACGGGAAACCAGCUGGAGACCAUGCACGGGCGCAUGUUCCGGGGCCUCAGUGGCCUCAAGACACUGAUGUUGAGGAGCAACCUGAUCAGCUGUGUAAGCAACGACACCUUCGCUGGCCUAAGCUCUGUGAGGCUGCUGUCUCUCUACGACAACCGGAUCGCCACCAUCACCCCCGGAGCCUUCACCACACUCGUCUCCCUGUCCACCAUAAACCUCCUGUCUAACCCUUUCAACUGCAACUGCCACAUGGCCUGGCUCGGCCGCUGGCUGAGGAAGCGCCGUGUCGUCAGCGGGAACCCCAGAUGCCAGAAGCCCUUUUUCCUCAAGGAGAUUCCUAUCCAAGACGUGGCCAUCCAGGACUUUACCUGCGACGGCAAUGAAGAGAGUAGCUGCCAGCUGAGUCCACGCUGCCCCGAGCAGUGUACCUGUGUGGAGACAGUGGUGCGAUGCAGCAACAGGGGUCUCCGUGCCCUCCCCAAAGGCAUGCCAAAGGAUGUGACUGAACUGUACCUGGAAGGAAACCAUUUAACAGCAGUGCCGAGAGAGUUGUCCGCCUUCCGACAGCUGACACUUAUUGACCUGAGCAACAACAGCAUCAGCAUGCUGACCAACCACACCUUCAGCAACAUGUCCCACCUCUCCACGCUGAUCCUGAGCUACAACCGGCUGAGAUGCAUCCCUGUCCAUGCCUUCAAUGGGCUAAGGUCCCUCCGAGUACUAACUCUCCAUGGCAAUGACAUUUCCAGUGUUCCUGAAGGCUCCUUCAAUGAUCUGACCUCCCUGUCCCACCUGGCCCUGGGAACCAACCCUCUCCACUGUGACUGCAACCUGCGUUGGUUAUCAGAAUGGGUAAAGGCUGGAUACAAGGAGCCCGGCAUUGCCAGAUGCAGUAGCCCCGAGUCCAUGGCUGACAGACUCCUGCUCACCACCCCCACCCACCGGUUCCAGUGCAAAGGGCCAGUGGACAUUAACAUCGUGGCCAAGUGCAACGCCUGCCUCUCUAGCCCGUGCAAGAACAACGGCACUUGCAGUCAGGAUCCUGUGGAACACUACCGCUGUACCUGCCCCCACAGCUACAAGGGCAAGGACUGCACCAUACCCAUCAACACCUGCGUCCAGAACCCCUGUCAGCAUGGAGGCACCUGUCACCUGAGUGAGAACCACAGAGAUGGGUUCAGCUGCUCCUGCCCCCUGGGCUUUGAGGGACAGCGGUGUGAGAUCAACCCAGAUGACUGUGAGGAUAACGACUGCGAAAACAGCGCCACCUGUGUGGAUGGGAUCAACAACUAUGCAUGCGUGUGCCCACCCAACUACACAGGGGAGCUGUGUGAUGAGGUGAUUGACUACUGUGUGCCCGAGAUGAACCUCUGUCAGCACGAGGCCAAGUGCAUCUCCCUGGACAAAGGAUUCAGGUGUGAAUGUGUCCCUGGCUACAGUGGAAAGCUGUGUGAGACAGACAACGAUGACUGUGUAGCUCACAAGUGUCGCCAUGGAGCCCAGUGUGUGGACGCAGUCAAUGGUUACACAUGCAUCUGCCCCCAGGGCUUCAGUGGGCUCUUCUGUGAGCACCCUCCGCCCAUGGUUCUGCUACAGACCAGCCCCUGUGACCAGUAUGAGUGCCAGAACGGGGCGCAGUGCAUCGUGGUACAGCAGGAGCCCACUUGCCGCUGUCCCCCGGGCUUUGCUGGACCCAGGUGUGAAAAGCUCAUCACUGUGAAUUUCGUGGGCAAGGACUCCUAUGUGGAACUGGCCUCCGCCAAGGUCCGGCCCCAGGCUAACAUCUCCCUGCAGGUGGCCACUGACAAGGACAAUGGCAUCCUUCUUUACAAGGGAGACAACGACCCCUUGGCCCUGGAGCUGUACCAGGGCCACGUGAGGCUGGUGUAUGACAGUCUGAGCUCCCCUCCAACCACGGUGUACAGUGUGGAGACGGUGAAUGAUGGUCAGUUUCACAGCGUGGAGCUGGUGAUGCUAAACCAGACCCUGAACCUGGUGGUAGACAAAGGAGCCCCGAAGAGCCUGGGGAAGCUCCAGAAGCAGCCAGCAGUGGGCAUCAAUAGCCCUCUCUAUCUUGGAGGCAUCCCCACCUCUACAGGCCUCUCAGCCUUACGCCAGGGUGCAGACAGGCCGCUGGGCGGCUUUCACGGCUGCAUCCACGAAGUGCGCAUCAACAAUGAGUUGCAGGAUUUCAAAGCCCUCCCACCCCAGUCCCUGGGGGUCUCUCCUGGCUGCAAGUCCUGCACUGUGUGUCGCCACGGCCUGUGUCGCUCUGUGGAGAAGGACAGCGUAGUGUGUGAGUGCCAUCCGGGAUGGACUGGUCCGCUGUGUGAUCAGGAAGCUCGGGACCCCUGCCUUGGUCACAGCUGCAGCCAUGGGACAUGCGUGGCGACUGGCAACUCAUACAUGUGCAAGUGUGCCGAGGGCUAUGGAGGAGCUUUGUGUGACCAGAAGAAUGACUCUGCCAGUGCCUGCUCAGCCUUCAAGUGCCACCACGGCCAGUGCCACGUCUCAGAUCGAGGGGAGCCCUAUUGCCUAUGCCAGCCUGGCUUCAGUGGCAAUCACUGUGAGCAAGAGAAUCCGUGUUUGGGGGAGAUAGUCCGUGAAGCCAUCCGCCGCCAGAAAGAUUAUGCCUCCUGUGCCACAGCGUCCAAGGUGCCCAUCAUGGAAUGCCGCGGGGGCUGCGGGAGCCAGUGCUGCCAGCCGAUCCGGAGCAAGCGGCGGAAAUAUGUCUUCCAGUGCACUGAUGGCUCCUCUUUCGUGGAAGAGGUGGAGAGACACUUGGAAUGUGGCUGUCGUUCGUGUUCCUGAGCCCUGCCCUCCUCUGCCACCCACCCAUCCUCCGCCUUUCGGACUCCAGCUCACUGGGCUGGGGACAGCCAUGUGGAACGUCUCUGAGAUUCAGAAUGAAGGAGAGAAAGCUGGAUAGCAAGAGGCAAAAGAGAGAAUAUUAAGUAUAUUGUAAAAUAAACAAAAAAAUAGAACUUAUUUUUAUUAUGGAAAGUGACUAUUUUCAUCUUUUAUUAUAUAAAUAUAUCACACCGUCUGAGUAUAUGGACUAUACAGUGAGUUAUUUUUCCCAAGUUUUGUUUUGUGUUGUGUAUUUGUUGUGUCUUUAUAAACAGCUGUUUAAAAUUUUAAGACAACAAAAAAAAAAAAACUAAUAAAAAUGUUUUAAACACAAGGAUAAGAAUAGAGGAACAGUAGCCUGUCUGAGGCAAGAAGAGGGAAUUUUAUGUGUAUGUAGCUCUCUCAGGGUCAGCAAAAACAAGAGUGAUUUUUCUGAGCUGGCUGAAAAGGAAGAGAAAGCAAAAGUGGUUUUAGUUUCUCCGUGGUCUUGGCUUUCUAGGCCCAGUGUGUCCCCUCCUUCCAAAAGGAGCUGCUGAGCUCUGAAAGUCCUGUUGCACUUCAGAAGACCUGCUGCCCCUUGCUGAUCUUCUGAUCAGGGACCCCUGCAACCUGUGAGCCUACUAGGAGGUGGAGGUCACCACUCCUGGUCUCCUUGAAGGAAUUGAAGCUGGCUUUGCUAAGCAAGUUGGAUCUGUUCUGCCAAAUCUGUUCUUUUUCUGCCUCUCUGAGGAAGCUUGUCCUCAAGAUGAGGUAGAGAAAGAGGGGGGGUAGCCCCAGGUCCCAGGCACUGGUCUCCCUUACAGAGUUCUCUUCUUGGCCAGUUUCGUUGAAGUGCAAUACCACAGAGCAGGCAGCAGGACUGCCCAAGAACGACACAGGGAGCCUCUGGCAUCUGAUUCUCCAAGCCUCUGUCUCAGUGGCAGAGGCGCAUUGCUGGGGAACACCACCACCCAGCACACGUCUGACACCUAACUUUAUCCAGUCCCUACUUCUCUGGGGCACUGAAUCCCAUUUCUUAACUAAAGACAAUCAAGCCCCGUCAGUGGCCUUAAAUCAUCAUCUGAUACGUAGAGAUGCCAGGCCCAGAGUGUAGACUCUAGAUUCCCCUCCAGAAUGAGUAGACACAGGAGACAAGCAAGGAAAAAAAAAAAAAAAAAGGUAUUUUUCCAGCUGCCUUUUCUCCUUGCUCUGUUUUGCUCACUCUUCCUUUCUGCCUCAUUCAAAUCCAAAAAAAUUCUAGAGACAGAAACUCAGGCAUUUGGAAAGUAAAAGCAAGUUGUUGUCCAGCGUCAGGACUCCUGUCCCUGGAGGCCUUUUCUGGCCUCCCCCACCCUCACUGGCCCCCUCACAGCCCUGCUCGGAGGCGUCCCCUGAGGAGCUCAGCUGCUCUUUGAGGACCCAUGGUAGGCCAAAGACUCCAAGAAUAAAGAAGGGAAAGAGAGGAGAGAGGAAGGAAGGGGAACAGAAAGCAGAGGUAGAGAAGUUUCCUUUUGAACAAGCAUGUGAAUGUGUGUUGUGUUCCACAGUGCGAACCUUAUGACAGGUCUGCUGAAGAUGUUCACAGAUUUAUGUGGUGCCCACUACGAUGUACUCGGCUGUCACUCCAGUGGCAACCCAUAUAUUUAUAUCCUUAUAUUCAUUUAAUUCUCUAAACAUAGAUCUACGUAAAACCUUGACUAACCAACCUACUUUGCAGCUGAGUAGGCUGAGAGAGAGAAACUAAGGGUCUUGCUACGAGUAGAUGACUAAUCACUUACAGGCGCCCAGGCUGUCAGGAUCCAGAAUCUGAUCAUUUAACCACUAUACUACACUACUUCUUGUAGGAAAGAAAUACACUGUGCCUUCACGGAUCCUACAGUCUGGGGCAGGAAUAGUCGUUACACGGAUAGUUGUUUGGUUGUACCAUACUGAUCUCGGCCAAAGGGCCAAAAACCAAUAAUUGCAUGAGAUAAGUAAAUAUGUGUAUCUUAAUGAUAGUAUCAGGAUGGUCGUCCAGAGGAGGGGAUUUCCAUUCCUGAGUUUAUGAGUCAGGUAAGGAGGUGGUCGGCACAGGACAUGACCCAGUAGAAUGGGGAAGGUCCUGGAAUGUUUAGUGAGCAGCCAGCGGCCUGUGGUCAGUGGCAGCAACAUAGGAUGACCCCCGUAGAGCCACAAGAAAUGGGGAAUAUAAAAAAGGCAGGGUCCCCACAAAAAAAAAAAAAAAAAAAAAUUUUAAGCCACAUAGCAAGGCCACAGAGACUUACAAAAAAAAAAUUUUUUUUUAAGCCACAUAGCAAGGCCACAGAGACUUAGUGUACUUGGGGUAGCAGGAAGUAGCAAGAAGGUCUCGGUAUGGAACAGGAUGGGGAGAUGGAAACAUGCCUGGAUAAGAAAGCUCUGUCACUGAAAAGGGCCUGGGGCUCCUAGUGGUUCACUCUGUGGCUGGCACACAUUACUCUCUCAAGGUGAAUCUCAAAGUCUCUGUGAUAGCUAGCUCAGGAAUUUAGUCCUGGAAUAGGUGUCCUAGGAUGUGCCCAAUUCCCCCCACCCCCCCCACCCCCCAUCCCUCCAGCCCAUCAAUACCCAAUAAAGAGCCUGGCCCUUUUUGUAUCACAGAGCUCCCAUCCCCCAACUCUGGGAGCCGCUACUGGACUGCAAGCUUUCUCUCUGUGGCCACAAGGACUCUGUGGCUUCCCUCUUCUGGUUACCCCGUGUGCUCAUUUCUGAAUUCAAGUGCAGUCAGCCAAGGACGGGUUCUGUUGCCAAGUAUGGCUUCAGAGCCUUCUCAUCUCUGAAAGACCUAACCUUUCAAAAUGCCAAACACAAAGACCAUCAAGAAAAUCAUCCCCAAAGUGAAGUUUCUCUAAAAAUGAAAUUCUAGAAACUUUUUUCCUUGAAAUGUAUUCCAGAUUUUAGGACCAGAAAAAAAAA